AGUGAGGUGAGGUGAAAACCCUUUCCUCUGAUCGUGGCUUUAAAGACAGGAGACAUGUUCCCACAAUGAGCAGAGGGGGAGAGAGAGAGAAAAAAAAAAAAGCCUUGCUGAUCACAGUCUUCUGAGCAGUAGUGCGGCGGACGUCGAGCACACACUCGUUCACCACGAUGGUCUCCUUCACGGCCUUGUCUCCCGUUCUUCUGCUGUGGUCCUGCAACUUUCAGACGAGUUGGUCCAACGUGACCAUGGAUGUCACACCUGAAACAACUGAAGAUGAUUACACACCUGAUUAUGACAAAUAUGAAACGGUUUGUGGGAAGGACUCCAAUCGGAACUUCCGGUCCUGGUUCCUACCCAUGAUCUACAGUAUCAUCUGCUUCCUGGCUCUCUUUGGAAACUUCCUGGUCAUCCUGACUUACGUCUACUUCAAGCGGAUUAAGACGAUGACGGAUAUUUUCCUGCUGAACCUGGCUGUAGCUGACCUGCUCUUCGCGUUAUCACUGCCCUUCUGGGCCGCCAGCAUCAUGACCAAGUGGCAGCUCGGGCAGAUUCCGUGCAAGGCCAUGUACGCCAUGUACAAGAUCACCUUCUUCAGCGGUAUGUUCCUGCUGAUGUGCAUCAGCGUAGACAGGUACUUUUCCAUCACCAAAGCUGUCUCGGCUCACCGCUGCCGUUCCAACGCCGUCCACUACGGGCGCAUAUCGUCCCUGAUCACUUGGGUGUUGGCCGUGAUCUUCUCCUUGCCUGAGAUCAUUUACGCCAACGUCAACUCCAACAACACCUGUGUGGUGUAUAGCAACGAGAGCGAAGAUUCCCGUAUCUCCAUGAUAGUCAGCCAGAUGGUGCUGGGCUUCGUCCUGCCUGCGCUCGUGAUGGUCUUCUGUUAUAGCUGCAUCAUUAAGACCCUGGUGCAAGCCAGGAAUUUCGAGCGGAAUAAAGCCCUCAAGGUGAUCUUCGCCGUGGUGGCCGUGUUCAUCAUCAGCCAGCUUCCGUAUAACGUGGUGAUGGGACUGAGCACGCACAACACCACCGUGUGCGACCUCGACAACAGCCUCCUUUAUGCCAUGGACGUAAGCCAAGGUAUCGCCUUCCUGCGCUGCUGUGUGAACCCCUUCCUGUACGCUUUCAUUGGAGUGAAGUUUCGCAACGAUCUGCUGAAACUGAUGAAGUUUCUGGGCUUCUCCAGUUCCAGCCAUGUCAUAUACUCCGGCAGGAGGAAAUCCUCGGCCGGGCUUGAUACUGACACCACAUCGUUUUCCCCAUGAGCCAGUGACUCUUUCUCUUUUUCAGAGUAUAUAUGCUUUACUAUUUUACUUCACAUUUUAUUCCAUCUUACUAUAUCAGAUUUUAACUUUUUGUUUUAAAACAAAACAAAAAAACAGGAUAUUUUAUUUUUCCAUAACUUUUAUAUUCUGCAUUAUUGUAUGUAUACAUGCCCACAUUUAUUCAUUGUCUCCAUUAUAAUGUUUACAGUCAAAA